UCUGCUAGCGCCCGGCAAUUGAUUUGCGAUCCUAUCCUGAGGUGGAUGGAGAGGCGAGCGGGGUUCCCUCUCAUUUGCUACCCUCGCCCAGUUCCCCACUCCCUCUUCCACGGGGGGUUGGCGGCUGGGUCACGCGGGACGAAGUUCGGGCGGGGUCCUCAGCCCCUGCCAUGGAUGAAGGUGGUUCCCGCAUCCGCCGGCGGGUUGCUGUCCGCAAAAGGAACCGGCCCACCCUAGAGAGCAUCUUUGCCGCCUCCACCGCGGCCGAGCUCCAGCCAGGCGAUGAAGAGGAGGAGGAAGAGGAGGAGGAGAUGACGGCUGGGAGCCGGCGGAAGAAAACCGCGGAGGUGCAGCCGGUCGAGAAUAAUGACAGUGAAGAGGACAUGUUUGGUUACUCUGAUAGCUUUACUGACAACUCUUUUUUAGCUCAAGUUGAUGACCUGGAACGAUAUAUGCAGCGUCCUGAACAUAGGAAACAUGCCUCAGAUCUUUCUCCUCAAGAUUUUUGUUCAGAAAGCAACAAACACAACAAACUCAGCAUUACUACCAUAGACAACUUUACCGAAUUAAAAACAGAUGAGCACACGAACAACCAGAGUAGGCAUGAAGAUGUCUGUAUUGAAUCCGAACCUGAUCUUUUGUAUGAUAUGCCUUCCUCACAGGUUUUAUACUUUGAAAAUUUGCAGAAUUAUUCAAACGAUUUGGGCGAUCAGUCAACUAAAGAGAGGGAUUGGAACUCAUCCUCUCACAAGACAAUGAAUGAGGAAUUACCCCAGAACAGCGUUGAACAACACCAGCAAAUCAAUGAUUCCUCUUCUAAAGUCAGAACUAGCUCAGAGGAGAAUAGGAGAAAAAGUCUUAAAGAACACCUAAAAAGUGCCAUGACUGGAAAUGCCAAGGCCCAAACACCAAUAUUUUCUAAGACUAAACAACUCAAAGAGACUCUCCUAUCUGAGGAGAUUAAUAUUGCUAAGAAAACAAUCGAGUCAUCAUCAGAUGACCUUGGUCCCUUUUAUUCAUUACCCAGCAAAGUGAGAGACCUUUAUGUUCAGUUCAAAGGAAUUGAAAAAUUAUAUGAAUGGCAACAUACUUGCUUAACACUGAAUUCUGUGCAAGAAAGAAAAAACUUAAUAUAUUCCUUGCCAACGAGUGGCGGAAAAACCCUCGUUGCUGAGAUUUUAAUGCUACAGGAACUGCUUUGCCGACGGAGAGAUGUUCUAAUGAUCUUACCAUAUGUGGCAAUUGUCCAAGAAAAGAUUUCAGGUUUGUCAAGUUUCGGUAUAGAACUGGGUUUCUUUGUUGAAGAAUAUGCUGGAAGCAAAGGCAAGUUUCCCCCAAUUAAAAGAAGGGAAAAAAAGUCUCUCUAUAUUGCCACAAUUGAAAAAGGGCAUAGUCUGGUGAACUCCUUGAUUGAAACUGGAAGGAUCGGCAGUCUGGGUCUGGUUGUUGUAGAUGAGUUGCACAUGAUUGGUGAAGGAAGCCGUGGGGCUAUACUGGAAAUGACCCUAGCAAAAGUCCUCUACACUAGCAAAACAACUCAAAUUAUUGGCAUGAGUGCAACACUGAACAAUGUUGAAGACCUUCAAGAGUUCCUUCAAGCAGAAUAUUACACCAGUCAGUUUAGACCAGUUGAAUUAAAAGAAUAUUUGAAAAUAAACGAUGCGAUAUAUGAGGUUGACAGCAAAGCUGAGAAUGGCAUGACUUUUUCACGUCUACUGAAUUAUAAGUAUUCCGAGGCUCUGAAAAAGAUGGACCCUGAUCACUUGGUAGCAUUGGUGACAGAAGUUAUUCCCAAUUAUUCCUGCUUAGUUUUUUGUCCCACUAAGAAGAACUGUGAAAACGUAGCAGAAAUGAUAUGCAAAUUUUUAAGCAAGGAAUAUCUGAAACACAGGGAGGAAGAAAAACAUGAGGUGAUUAAGAACUUGAAGGAUGUCAGCAAUGGCAACUUGUGUCCUGUUUUAAAGCGUACCAUCCCCUUUGGGGUUGCCUAUCACCACAGCGGUUUAACGAACGAUGAAAGGAAGCUCUUGGAGGAGGCCUAUUCCACAGGAGUUCUGUGCCUUUUUACCUGCACUUCCACACUCGCAGCAGGCGUUAAUCUACCAGCUCGAAGAGUUAUUUUAAGAGCUCCCUAUGUUGCCAAGGAAUUUUUAAAGAGGAACCAAUAUAAACAGAUGAUUGGCCGAGCUGGCCGUGCUGGGAUAGAUUCCAUUGGGGAGAGUAUCCUUAUCCUGCAAGAAAAAGACAAGCAACAGGUAUUGGAGUUAAUAAGCAGACCGUUGGAAAACUGUUAUAGCCAUCUUGUUCAAGAAUUCACCAAGGGAAUCCAAACUUUGUUUCUCUCUUUGAUUGGUUUGAAGAUUGCAACAAAUCUUGAUGACAUAUAUCGCUUUAUGAGUGGUACAUUUUUUGGUGUUCAGCAAAAGAUUUUGUUGAAAGAAAAAAGCCUGUGGGAAAUAACUGUGGAAUCACUUAGAUACCUGACAGAAAAAGGACUCCUGCAAAAAGACACUGUUGAUAAGUGCAAAGAAGAGUUCCAAUAUAGUUUUCAUAUUACAAAACUGGGACGAGCUUCUUUUAAGGGAACUAUAGAUUUGGCUUAUUGUGACAUUCUCUACAGAGACUUGAAGAAAGGUCUCGAAGGACUUGUGCUCGAAAGCCUUCUUCACCUAAUUUACCUAACAACUCCCUAUGAUAUGGCUUCUCAGUGCAACCCAGACUGGAUGAUAUACUUCAGACAGUUUAGCCAGCUCAGCCCAGCAGAACAAAAUGUAGCUGCUCUUCUUGGAGUCUCUGAAAACUUUAUUGGGAAGAAAGCAUCAGGUCAAGCUAUAAAGAAGAAGGUGGACAAGGACACUGUCAACAGACUAUACCUGUCUUUUGUUCUUUAUGCCCUGCUCAAAGAGACCAACAUUUGGAGUGUGUCUGAAAAAUUUAAUAUGCCUCGAGGAUACAUCCAGAGUCUUCUUACUGGAGCUGCCACGUUCUCCUCCUGUGUGUUACAUUUCUGUGAGGAACUUGAGGAAUUUUGGGUUUAUAAAGCCCUUUUGGGAGAACUGACCAAGAAGUUGACUUACUGUGUAAAGGCAGAGCUAAUUCCCCUCAUGGAAGUGACUGGAGUUUUAGAGGGUCGAGCAAAACAGUUGUACAGUGCAGGUUAUAAAAGUCUAAUACACUUAGCUAAUGCAGAUCCUGAAGUACUGAUAAGAACAAUUGAUCAUUUAUCAAGACGCCAGGCCAAGCAAAUUGUUUCAUCAGCAAAGAUGCUGUUGCGCGAAAAAGCAGAGGCUUUACAAGAAGAAGUGGAAGAGUUGCUGAGAUUGCCUUCUGAUUUCCCCGGGAUCGCGGCCUCUUCCACCGAGAAGGCGUGAAGCCACCUGACAAGAAUUUUCUAAGAUGACUGAUUUAUUGUACAUAUUUUUCUUAAAGACUCCCUAUAAUUUAAAAACA